CAAGUCUUUCCUAAGUGAAAUUGCAAUUGCACAAUGUGGCAAUCCGUGAUCACAUUUUGUCUGCUCGCAAGUCUUUCUCGAGUUCGAGCAACUUGCACUUACCCGUAUGUGGCAGUGGGCGAAAGGUGCCUCUUUUUUGGCACAAUGGCCGACCUGCAGCACAGUGAGGCUCGUCAGGUGUGCCACUCGAUGGGCGGAGAACUGGCGGCGGUUUUGACUGCUACUCAGUUGAAGGACAUUGUCGAUUUUAUCUAUGAUCACGCACCCUUCUGGGCAACGAGCUACAGUUACAAAGAACCAAAUAACCAAGGGAACGAAGACUGCCUGCACAUAUCUGCCGAGAGAAGUUAUUAUAUGAAUGACAAAAGUUGUUUCCACGUAAAUUCACCUUUAUGCGAGGAAAACAGGGUAUCCGUUGCCAGAAAUGUGACAGCACCCAAAUCCUGCCCCAUGCCAUACGUGGAGCUCUCUGGCCUCUGCCUGGCCUUCAUCACAUGGGCGGACCAAAGCUGGGCAGAAGCGCGACAGACGUGUCAUGGGCUGUCAGGAGAGCUGGCAGCCCUCACCGAUAUCGAGCAGCUGAGAGCAGUCUACCUGUACCUGCACCAAGAAUCAAUUGCCCACAACAGUUUGGCUCGCUCGACAUCGAGCAGGAGGGAAGCUCGAUAUACGUGGAGGUGGCCCGCAGCAUGCCUCAGGGAACAACAAACCACUGCCUGUAUCUCGAGACUUUGGUUGGCCACUACUUCAUUGACGGGAAUUACGCAUUGCGGAUGUGCAAAAUAUUCGCUGCUGACCACUAGGUCACGUACACUGGAUCUGAAAAGUGUCGGUGCUGAGGGUGCCCAGUGCCGUCCAAAAACGUUCACAUGGGUGCUGGUGCUGUGGGUGGGAAGGAUUGGCAUGCCUGACUAUGGCACUGGGCUCAGAAUGGUGUCCACGAAAGCCUACCGAAGUCACUGUCGGCCAAAAAGAUUAUGUUUAACAGUUACGAUGGAGAACUCACAGUCAACGUAUGGAGCUAUUGUUGCCCUACAUGAAGCUGGCGACACCAUUUCUGAUAUUGCACAGCAGCUUCGUAUCCACCGCAACAUAGUAACAAGGUGGAUAAGGCAACAUGAAGACACUAGUUACGUAGAAGAUAUGCGACGGAUCGGCCGGCCACGCUGCACCAGCCACAAUGAUGACCAGGCCAUAGCAAAUGCCAAUGCCGAUGCUCCAACAAAGCCUGCUGUCGCCAUACACCUUGUCUUACGUCUACAGUGCUGA